AUGAGCAUCAGAAGCCUGGAAAGGGCUGGGAGGGCUGGGAAGCGGGCUGGGAAGCAGGCUGGCGCGGAGGUGAGCCUGGGACAAGACGAAGGGGUGCAGAACUGCGUCUCCAUCCCUGACAGUAACAGGCGGGUGACCACGGGCCACCACAUGGAGCAUGGCUGGGUCUCUCUGCUGCCCCUGCAGUGGAGGAUUACACACAGCACCCGCUGGAUAGCGCAGGUGUUGGCCUCAGAGCUCAGCUUGAUUGCCUUCAUCCUGCUGCUGGUCAUGGUCUUCUCCAAGAAAUGGCUGUACCUCUCGAGGAUCCGUUCCUACCAGCACUGGCCCAGGAAUGUGAGCACCAAAAUCUACGCGUCGGUUCACAUGAUGUCCCUGGGGCUCCUGCAGAUCUGCAAAUCCAAGAGCUGUUCCAGUUCAGAGAAUGGGAAAGACAGUUUUAAGCUGUGGACAAAUCACCCAGUUUUUGGAGUGGCCAAGAUAACCUUCUGCCUGGGCUUGGGGCUGGGCUUCGUCUUCACCAUCUGGCUGCAUCUGCCGUACAUACCUGGUUUUCAGAAACUGCCCUUCUUUGGCUGGAUUGGGACUGUCAUGAGCUUCUGUGAAGUUUUCUUCACUUUCUUCACCCUCAUACUGUUCCCUGUUAAUGUCUGGAUCUUCGAAUUGGAGAAGAAUUUAUCAAUUCCGAUAGGCUGGAGCUAUUUCAUUGGUUGGCUGGUGUUCAUCCUAUAUGUCACCUGUGCGGCCCUCUGCUACUUCAACCAUACAAGGUUCUGGUGUCUGAUUCUGAGCCAUCCCUCUGACACCGUGUCCUCCAGCAGCAGCAGCAGCAGCAGCAGCGGCGGUGGCAGCAGCGGUUCCAGCUCCAAACACGAAUCUGUGGAUGAGCAAGUUUCCUCGAAUACUGUUGUCAACCAGGAGGAAGUCCUGGACCCUGAGUAA